UUCUUUUUUUUCUUUUUUUUUUUCUUUUUCCGUUUUCGCUUUUUUUUUAUUAUUAUUUUUUUCUUGUUCUUUUAUCAGCAACAUUAACGACACAAUUUCAUUGCGAUUAUCACGUUUAUUAUAAGAACUUUAUUAUCUUCAUCAUGGGAAAGAACAAAGCCAAACAAACUUUACCUCUACACAAGAUUAUCAUGGUUGGGUCUGGAGGUGUUGGAAAAUCAGCUCUUACUCUUCAAUAUAUGUAUGGUGAUUUUGUAGAAGAAUAUGAUCCUACUAAGGCUGACUCUUACCGCAAGAAGGUUGUAUUGGAUGGCCAAGAAUGUCAAAUUGAUAUUUUGGAUACAGCAGGCCAAGAAGAGUAUGCAGCCAUUCGUGAUAAUUACUAUCGUUCUGGUGAAGGAUUCCUUUGUGUCUUCUCUGUUUGUGAACAAGAAUCUUUGGAACAUACUCAAGAAUUUAGAGAUCAAAUCUUACGAGUUUUGGAUGAUGAAACUGUACCAUUUAUUCUUGUAGGAAACAAAGUGGAUUUAGCACAUUUGCGGAAAGUAUCUGGAAGUGAAGCUGGUGCGUUGGCUCAAGAAUGGAACUGUCAAUAUGUAGAAACUUCAGCAAAAACACGACAAAAUGUGGAUCAAGUAUACACCAUGUUAAUGCGCCAGAUACGAGAUCGAAAAUUGAAACAACAAAGCAUGAAUAGUCCUGAUAAGGAUUCUUGUUGUGUCAUUCUUUAAUGAUCUUUGGAAAUUUAUCUGAUGUCUUUUUUUUUUUGUCUGUGUUUUAUAUCUUAUUCUUCUCCUCCGCUUUUAUUUUUUAUUUUUUUUAGCUAUCUUUACUCUUUCUCUUUUUUUUAUCGUCUUUUACUAGAUUAUUUUUUAUUAUUAUGCCUCUCACCUUUUAUUUUUUAUAGUAUAUACAUUCUUUUUAUCAACUUGUCAAUAAUAAAACAAAUAAUCGGAUUUUUAUUAUUA